AUGGAGAGAGAUGAACGUGAAGAUGAUCAUGAUUUACUUCAAGAAUUGAAGAAGAGUAGAUUACGUUUAAAGUAUAACUGGGAGAAUUUAUUUAAAAAAUAUGAAAAUAUAACUGAAAGUGGCAUCGAAGUUCAACUUGAUACAUUCGAAGUAUAUGCACCAGUAGGAAUGGAUAGGAAGAUCGUUGUGAAGGAAGUUGAAAAACAUGAGUUUUUAGGUUCUCAAUUUGGAGCAUCUGUGUUCUCCGCACCUGGUAACGAAGACUCGCUAGAAGGUUGUCAUCCGAAAAUCGUCGAAAAAUGUCGGAAGAUGGAUAAGGAGUUUUCUAAAAUUAAUUCCUUAUUGGCUGUUGUGCCACAUCGUCAGAAGCUCAUACGAGGACCAAACCGAGGAAGAAAGUUCUUUAUCAGAAAAACAAUCCGAGAAGACUUCAUCGGUAUGAAAUCACCAUAUCAUCAGCGUCUUCCUUUGAUAGCCAUUGAUGCUGGAAUGUCAGAUGGUCCUAUCCCCCCUAGAGCUUUACAAGCAAUCGAAGGUCCCAAGGAAUUAGAAGCUCCAGAAUCUCUAGCUGUUGUUUGUGCUUCAGCUGGACAAGGAAUCCCGAAUAUCAUUACUCCUUCAAUCAUAUUGAAUGAUGGACUGAGUGAUGGACCGUUGAACCUCUCCUCUCUCUAUGAAGAUGAGCCCUCAACCUCUUCUCCCCCAGAAAUACAGAACAUCAGCUUUGAACCCAUAGAAUUCGAGAUUGUCUGCGAAAAUCUCAAGAUAAGAGGUGAUUCAGCGAAAACUGAAGAAAAACCGAGGACGGCGGUUAAAAGAACUUCGACAGAGAGCUUUGGGAACGAAGUCGACGCGAAAAAAUUGAAAAAAGAUGAUGAAACACAGUCAGUGAAUGGUGUCGGGUUGGAUAUCAGUUUAGACCUCAGUAGUUUGCAAGAAACAUACAGUUUGAAUGAUAAUUUUUGGACCAAAGCGAGCUGUGAAAACAUUAUUUCGGAUAUUGUGCAAUAUGAAAGUAAAGCUCGUUCACUAUGUGGUGUUCCACUUUCUGACAUGGUUUCUGGAGAGUCGUUGUUAGCCAAUUGGGCUCGCUUUUCAGUGGAGGGCAUAGAAUAUUGUUCUGAUGGUCAGGACUAUGUUUCACGGGAAGAGCGUCGUCUAUUGAGUAAUGCUCGACGCAGAAACAGUUUUCUCGCUAGAGCUGUGAUGUCGAAGGAUUGGUUUUUAGAUGUCACUUUACAACAGUUUGUUGCUGAUGAGAGUCAUAUCGAUACUAGGAAAGCAAUAAACCUUGUAAAGCUGUUUGAAGAAGGCGAUGAGAUUGCUUAUAUCGCUCGGUAUCGCGGAGAUGCUCAUGGUGGGUUGUCUUGCGACCAAUUGAGAAAAACUUUCGAAACUUAUAAGGAAGCCAAAGAUCUGAACAAGAAAGUAGAGAAAGCUCUAAACGUGGUAGAAUCCAAAAUAACUGACCCCAAGGAGAAAAGUUUUGCGAUGAACCGUUUGCGAGAAGCUCGAGAGCCAAAAGACAUCACUGACAUUACUCAAACUUACACUUCCGGGAGAAAAACAAAAGCAGAUAAAGCUAGGGAGCUCGGUCUCGGAUCUGCCGCUGAAAAUAUAUUAUCGGGGAAAACAAUUGCAUUGCAAUCAUAUAUCAACAAGAAGAGCGAUGAUUUGAAUACGCUCAAGAAAGUAGAAAGUAAUAUUGUUUUCUGCUUAUCAGAUGCUAUCAACCGUACCCCAGAAACCGUAGACUUCACGAAAGAAAUUGCCAGUUUGGGUAAUCGGCAAAUAAGAGUAUAUGUGAAGUGUGAUUUAACUAACAAAGCUAAAAAAUGGACUCCAGAUUGCCGAGAGUUCGGUUUGAUCAAACAUUUCGAAACAUACGUUGCAUUCAAGAAGGAAGCUGAUAGAGUGCUCGGCUAUCAGAUACUAGCCAUGGAGAGAGCCGAAGAAAAGGAAGUCUUAUCUUGGAAAGUCGAAGUGGAAUCUGACUUGAGACGUUUUCACCCCGCUUCUAGAAUUCGAGUUCAUCCGGAUCAUAAAAAACUUUUUGACACUGCACUUGAAGACUCUCUCACUCGCUUACUUAUUCCUAAAGUUCAGAGAUCGGUUAAAAGAGUUUUGAAACAAAAAGGAGAGGCUGAAGCAAUAGCAUGUUUCUCUGCUAAUCUGGUUCAGCUGUUCGCGCAAGAAGGGUUAGAAGGAUGUUAUAUAAUAGCAUUAGAUCCUGGUUAUGCUGCCUGUAAAUCAGCUUUCCUAUCAGACACGGGAUCUGUCAUUGAAACCAUCUCAUUCGGUUUGAGAGGAAACUCUUUCGAUCGAAAAGGACAAGAAGUUCUAUCCCGAUGGGCCAAUAAUUGCAAAAACAAAGUGGUCAUUGCUAUCGGUAACGGAACAGCUUCUAAGGAAACUCAGAAAGCUGUUUCGGAAAUGAUCAAAAGAAAAGAUUUCGCUAAAAAUGAUGUCAAAUUCUGUGUGAUUCCGGAGACUGGGGCAUCGAAGUAUAGCAUAACACAACUGGCAGAAGCUGAGUUGCCGAACAUCCCCAUAACAGAAAAAAGUGCAGUCUCCAUUGGUAGACGACUAUUGAAUCCUAUGGCAGAGUAUGUGAAAAUUGAGCCGAAACAUCUAGGUCUUGGAAUGUACCAACAUUCAGUGAACGAGAAGAAACUCAGUGAAGCACUCGAGUUAGUUGUUCGCCAAUGCGUAUCAUUACGAGGUGUUAACAUCAACAACGCUUCUCUCCAUUUAUUGCAACAAGUAUGUGGAUUGAACAAGAAAACAGCUGAAGGAAUCAUAAAAUUUCGAGAAAGCAAUGGUCAUUUCACUUCCAGAAAAGAACUGAAGGAUGUCAAAGGCUUAGGACCAAAGUCUUUCGAACAGAGUGCAGGAUUUCUCAUAAUAACACCACCGGAAGAUCGUUUUUGUCCAGAUACAGGAGAAAGUAAGAAGAAGAGAAGCAAAGUAGAUUAUAAUCCUUUGGACGGCACUACAGUACAUCCGAUGCACUAUGACGUCGCCAAGAAAACGUUGAAAGCUGCUAAAAUCCCCUUGGAAAAUGCUUCCAAUCUUUCUGAGAAUAAUAAAACAACGCUGAAAGGCUUAGAAGCGACUUCAACGGAACAAAGUCUAGUGAUUGAACUACUGACAGCCCCACCACGAACAGUAGCACCACCUCCACUUCAGAAAGAAGUUCGUUCAGCUUCAUCUCUAACGAUUGGAGAAGUAAUUUUUGGUCGUGUGCUCAAUCAAGUAGCUUUCGGAGUGUUUGUUGAUAUCGGUGCUGAUUGUGCUGCUUUAGCACAUAAGAAUGUUCUUGUGGGUGGUCAAUUCCCAGAGGUUGGAACACAACUAUUGGUCAAAGUAACGACUGUGGAUAUCGCUCGUAAACGGAUUAGUGUAACGCCCGUCACAGUUAGUUCUUUUCCUCUAUGCUAG